GACUGCCGCCGAGAGCCACGCCCCCCUCCUGUCAGCACGAGCUACAUACAACACAAACAAACCGGGAGCAAACUUCUACACAUUUCGGGAAAAAAAAGUUGAAUUUGUUUUUUGUUUGUCUUUUAACAUUUACUCAUCUGUGUCCCUUUUCAAGAGUCCGAUUAAUGCCAGAGAAAGCAACAUGACCAAAGAAGAGGAGCUGAUCCGGAUCGCUAAAAAACUGGACAAGAUGGUGUCUAGGAGUAACAUGGAUGGGGCCCUAGAUCUUUUAAAAGAGCUCAAAGGAUACAACAUGACAUUAAAGCUGUUACAGAGUACUCGGAUCGGCAUGUCUGUGAAUGCAGUCCGAAAGCACUGCACCGAUGAAGAAGUCAUCACCUUGGCCAAAAUGCUCAUCAAGAACUGGAAGAGGCUCAUAGAGUUAACACAUGCACCAAAGGAGGAACGAGAAAAAGACAAAGAGGAAGAAGAAAAGAGGAAUGAAUCGCACUCUCCUCACAAGCUGCCACCUCAUUCUUCGGAUAAAGAGACAAGACGAGAGUCUUCUCAGAUUAAAUUGGACUCGGAUUCCCCGAAGAAGCAUGCAGGCCAUCAUGAGAGUAAAAGAAAACCGUCACAUGAUUCCAAGUCCUCCUCAAAGUGUCCUCAGACAGAUACCAAAAAGCAAAGAAAGGACUUGGAUUCCAAAGCAUUGUCAUCAAAACUCCCCAGUGCCAAAAAGGAAAGAAAGGAAUCUUCUGAUAGCAAAUCCAGUUCCAGUUCCAGGAGGCUGUCUUUGGACACCAAGGCAGAAAAGAUGGACUCCCCUGAACCAAAGAUCAGCAGUAGCCCUAUUUUGCCCAAAAAACUGUUUGUUGAUUGCAAAGCAGAAAGGAGAGAUUCCCAGAGCUCUCAAUCAGAAGCCCAGUCUCCUCAGCCAAGGAAGCUGUCCACAGAGAGCAAAGAACGAACAAGUAACGAAAAGAGCAAACCAGAGACCCCAAAGUCACCCACCACACCUACCAGCCCUGGUUCACCGCCAUUCAGCCCUCUUGGAGGAGCCAUCUCUCCUCACUUGCUCACUGGAAACAGCAUCCGUGACAAAUGUAUCGAGAUGUUGGCUGCCGCUCUGAAAACCGAAGAUACCUUCAAGGAAUAUGGAAGCAAUUGUGAUUCUAUGGCAUCUGAAAUUGAAGAUUAUAUCUACCAGGAAAUUAAAGCUAUUGACAUGAAGUAUAAGAAUCGAGUCAGAAGCCGGAUCAGCAAUUUGAAGGACCCCAAGAACCCAAAUUUACGUAGGAAUGUGCUCAGCGGAGCCAUUGAGCUCAGCAAGUUUGCCACCAUGACAGCUGAGGAAAUGGCCAGUGAUGAGAUGAAGAAUCUCCGUAACAUGCUGACCCAAGAAGCAAUUCGAGAGCAUCAGAUGGCCAAAACAGGUGGAACGGCCACUGACCUUUUCCAGUGUGCCAAAUGCAAGAAGAAAAACUGUACAUAUAAUCAGGUGCAGACCCGCAGUGCUGAUGAGCCAAUGACCACCUUUGUACUCUGCAAUGAGUGUGGGAAUCGCUGGAAGUUUUGCUAAGAAGAAGCUGAAGGCUGCAUCCCAGUGAAUCAUUUCAUAACAAAGUACUUCCAGUAUCACUUUUAUAUAAAAAGAAUUGAAAUGAAAAAAGAAGUUUUAAUUUAUACUUGUUAUUUUGUUUCCUUUUUUCUAAAACAAAGGAAAGCUUUUGUAACACUGCCACUUUGAGUUCGAUAUUUUCAAUAUAAUGAAAAAGAAAAAAAAAUUUUAGCCAGCAUUUUUAUAGUUUAAAUUUCAUACGCAAAUUGUAUCUGACAAUAAUGGUUUGAUAAAUUUAGAUUUUGAAUCUUAAUAAAGUUGAAAAGAUAAAAGUGAUGGAAUAAGAAAGUAAAGUGUACAGUAGAGUUCUCUCAGAACAGGUUGCUUUUUUGUGCCGAGCCUCCUUUGGCCCCAUAGUGCCCCCUGCAAAUGUUGUUCAGGUCCCUAACAGCUUGUGUGUUCAAGGUAAUUGUCAAAAUGAAUGAUGUACAGUGGAUUUUUAAAUUAAUUUUUGUGUUAAUAGCAACAGUACUUUUUCACAUUUUGGUAUUUUACUUCCUUAGUUUUAACAUCUGAUGACUAUUUUAGACAUUUUACCCAAAAAUGGAAAUUGUGCAUGUGUACUUGGAAACUUCUGGAGUUUCAGGGGCUUAUGUGUGUAUUUUGGGUACUAAAUUGUGAAGAGAACAGGUGGGAUUUACAUGUAAAUACAGAAAUAAUCCAUGGACAAUGAAUGAAUAAUUAAAAAGAAAGUCUUACAAACCAAUGCAGUUUAACUACAAAUAUUCAAGAAACAGAAGGAUGAAUUUCUUCUUUUUAAUACUUAAUGUUCACAAUAAACACUUAAAUGAGA